AUGGCUUCAUUUCACGAGAGACAAAAAAGUUUGUUUAAUACAUUAAAAGAUGCUGAAGAUCAAUAUAGUUUCUCUAAAUCAAAUAAAGUCACUAGAAAUCAGGACUAUGGGGAGAUAGAUAAGCAUCAGUAUAGAAAGUUGAAACGAGAAAUGAAACAGUUCAGAGGCAAAGAGAGUAUAUAUAAACGCACAGAAUCUAGUUUAAAAGAUUGUUUACAAAGAGGAAGAAUACCUGACUAUAUGAAGAAUCCACAAAAGUGGUCCUAUUAUUCACUUUCUGAUGUUACACCAGAUCAAAUGUCAGAAUCUACAAAUGCAGCAACAGCUCUUGCCUUUAUUCAGGAAAUGGAGCAAAGGGAAGAAUCAUUUUCUACUAUUACAGAUGAAACUGGAGCCGUCUUCAAAAAACCAACAUUUCAGAUAUCAAAAACAAUUAAGCCUAAGGUAGAAGAAGAAACUAAAAUAGUUUUCAAAAGUAGUAAGAUUAUAAUGCCAGAGUAUGUUGUUGGUGUCAGUAAGGCAGCAAAGAGUCCGAAGAAACUACGAAUUAAGAAACCUGAAUCAACCAACACUGUUGAAUUAAAACUUAAUCACCUUUAUGAUGAUGAUAAUGAAGAUACUGAAUAA